AAACCUCUGCACACGACACCGGCCAUAUGUUGUCGACCGCUCGUUUAUGGGACUCAAUUCUAGUUUUAUUUAAUACCCAAUUGCCCACGUAAUGUUGAUUGAUAGUACAAAGACGAUUGGUAAAUUAAUAUGUCAAUACCACGGUACUUCUUCACGCUGUAUUUCCGAUCUGCAUUAAAUUUUAUGGUGACGACGACCCGCAGAGUGUUGGUUCAGACUCUCGACUGCCAAACUCCUCCAGUCUUGGACUUUCCAUAUAAAGUGGCGCGUGUGCACGUGAUAGGAAGAACACACCAUUGAGCAUACUACAACGAAACCUGACCACAAUGGAUUCGUGUGAAUUCCGAAAAAAGGGGAAGGAGAUGGUAGAUUACAUAGCUGAUUACAUGGAGAACAUUAACAAUCGCAGGGUUAUACCGGAAGUAGAACCAGGCUACCUAAAAGACCUCUUACCGGAUACAGCUCCGGAAAUGAGUGAGGGCUUCGACGACAUCAUGAAGGACGUAGAGCGAACGAUUAUGCCUGGGAUAACCCAUUGGCAACAUCCACAUUUCCACGCGUACUUCCCGUCUGGAAACUCCUACCCGUCGAUCCUUGGAGAUAUGCUGUCAGAUGCUAUUGGAUGUAUCGGUUUUUCAUGGGCCUCAAGCCCCGCCUGUACAGAACUGGAGGCCAUCACCAUGGACUGGUUAGGUAAAAUGAUGGGACUUCCGAAAUUUUUCCUCCACGGAUCUGGGGAAGGUGGAGGUGUCAUACAGGGCUCGGCCAGUGAAUGUAUUCUAGUGACGUUAUUAGCGGCCAGACACCACGCUUUACAGGAGCGAGAGAGCAUGUCUCCACUGAUCCGAAACGAUACUAACCUCCCCAAGCUGGUGGCCUAUUGUUCCAAACUCUCACAUUCCUGUGUGGAGAAAGCUGGGAUGCUGGGGUUUGUACACUUACGGCAACUGGACGUCGACGACAACCUGUCACUGAGAGGCAGUGUUCUGGACGCAGCUAUACAGGAGGACAAAAAACUAGGAUUCAUUCCAUUUUACGUAUGUGCCACCCUGGGCACCACUGCUUGCUGCUCCUUUGACAACGUGGCCGAGCUGGGAGAGGUGUGUGUCCGAGAAAACAUCUGGCUGCACGUGGAUGCAGCAUACGCUGGGAACGCCCUCAUCUGUCCGGAGUUCCAGUACCUAAUAAAAGGAGCAGAGAAUUUGACAUCUUUCAGUUGUAACCCUAACAAAUGGAUGCUUGUGAACUUCGACUGCUCCCUUUUAUGGGUUCGAGAUAGACUUUUGCUGACGUCAUCAAUGACUGUAGAUCCAUUAUAUUUACAACACAAACACGAGGACCAAACUAUAGAUCUACGGCAUUGGGGGAUCCCAUUAAGUAGAAGAUUCCGAGCUCUAAAACUUUGGUUUGUGAUCAGGUCAUACGGUGUGACAGGACUUCAGGCCUAUAUCAGGAAGCAUAUCAAACUUGCUAAGCUGUUUGAAACUUAUGUGAAGAAUGAUGCCAGGUUUGAAGUAUCGGCGCCUGUUCAUAUGGGACUUGUUUGCUUCCGACUGAAGGGACCCAACUCACUCACAAAGAAGUUAAACAGACUCAUCAAUGAAUCUGGUCAGCUACACAUGGUUCCUGCUUUGAUCAACAAGAACUACGUCAUUCGCUUUGCUCUUUGUGCUGAGAACGCUAAUGACAACGACAUUGAGUUUGCUUGGAAAACUAUAUCGGCCAUAGCGUCGACACUUUUAGCCAGACCAUAUGUGGAGAAAUCUGUAAGUGAGUUUAGGACAUCUGAAUCAGACGAAGAGGAGAAGUCGGAGGAAUUGUCUGAGGAAGACGAAGAGGGAGACAAUGCUUUCAUGGAAUUUGACAAUGAUAUUAUAUUUGACGAGUCUAGUACCAGGAUGAGAAGUGUAAUGUUCCGGCGCAGCACGUUCCAGCGGAUGAUAUCUGACCCAAAGUGUUACGACCCGAAGGCCAGGGGGUUCUCACGUGGAAGUCGACGAAGGUUCAUGAGCGAGUCUUGUAGUAAACGGAACCCGCUGUCGUUUGAUGAACCGAUAUUUAAUUUUUGAUUGUAAACUGAUCAUCAAUCAUAAUAGGAUAACUUGACCCUGGAUUCCGUGCAAGGACGAAUAUAUCUAAGUACCAAAUGUCACUGUUUAAGGCGAGGAAUUAAUCACUUAUUGAUGAAUCUUUAUUUAAUUCAGAUCGUCACUAGCACUGUGUUUAGGCUAGCGCGAAUAUAUGACGUCACGCUGUAAACUUAUCACGGCUUGCCAUUGCAGAAACAUCUUCUCUAGCCAAGGCUUCUGAUUACGUUUCACUCCACGUGGAGUGAAACGUAAUCAGAAGCCUUGGCUAGCGAAGAUGUUGCAGAAACGGACUACUUUGCAAAUGAAAGUGACUGAUCUAGUAGCAUCUUCUGAAAUUAACCUGUGCAAAAUUGUGAACGUUAUGAAAUAGUACGUUCUUGGGGAAAUCAAUGUCCCCUUCUUUACCAAGUAUAUGCCACAACUACGAUCUCGCCAUGGAAUAUAUCUGAUAGACUCUAAAACACUACUAGCAACAAUAUCUGGUAGUCUAACAAUGAGCAAGUACUUUUUAGGUCACCUGAGACGAGGUUACCUAUUCUGAUCCCAUUUUGUCCGUCGUUUUGAUUCAUCCAUGGUCAGUUGUGCAUCGUAUACGAUUUGUAUAAAAUUGACUGAAAUUCAAAACAUUCUCAAUACCUAGAUGUCGUAGAAUCAAAUACUCUUCAUAUAUGGAAUGAUCUUAAAGUGCUUUACCAUAAUUGUGAAUUGCAUGACCUUGGAGUCUCACGUUUGCCCCUCGGAAAGGGAUACAUUUUACUAUAGUUCAUAAAAGGGAAUUCACAUUUUGAGCAUCAUCUGUUAAUUUGCCAUUGAACAUAAUUCAAACUUGUUUAGAAUUAUCAGUAUGGAAAAGCAGUUUGAUGGUAUGCACAUAUUAGUUUUUGACUAACCCCCAGGUGUUCAUGGGCGAAGCCAGGAUACUGAAAUACAUUCUUAGAUGACUCAGGGUGAAUGUUAUGGUCCAUGAACCUCUUGUUUACAAAAUGUGUUGCUAUGCAAGAUGUUUUGUAUUGACUGGAAAGGACAUCGGACAAAUAUUUCUGGUGUCUUUUCCCCGUCAAAUGUUCUAUUGCAAACAAUAACUUCAUAAACUAUGAAGAAAAUCAUUACAAGGACAAGUAUCUUGUAACUGUGUAACUCGUUUAAGAGUAAAUGUGGAUAGUCAUGUUGGUGUACCAAUAUUCGCUCGAAAGGUGAUAUUGUAUAUUGAAGAUAACAUUACUUUAUCAUGUUUAAGAUUUAUGAUCCGGUUGUAUUGAAUUAUGUUUUAUCAGGUUAUUAUUUAAUAUUUAUGAUGUAAGAUUAUUUGAACGUACAUUGUAUAUUUCAAUAUGAAUCAUCUUUAUAUGAUUUAAUAGCAUUAGAAUAUGUUAUUAUUGUAGCAGAACGGGACUUGAGCUUGGGUUCGAGUCAAGGUCUGGUCGUUGUAUUUUUCCUCUCCUGUUACAUUUGUCGCCUAAAAUGUUCCAAAUGAAUUAUAAGCAUGAAAGAGUUGUCAUAAUCUGCAAAAAAUAAUACGUAAGGUGACUGAAUAUAGUGUACUACUCCAUUGGCAUAUAUGUCGUCCUCAACUUAAAGGUAGAGUAUGACACUUGUACUCCAUAUAGUACGCCAACAUAAAUAUUCAGUAUCAUCAAAUAAAAAAACGGAAUGCUAAAGAUAUCAAUAAAUGUCCGGUGUUGAUCAGUAAUUGACAAAACACUUUUGUAUAAAAAAUUUGCUGAAUUUAUCGCAAAUUUGACUGGCCGACUAACGUUUGGUUUGAACUGGACUAGACUAAACACCGAUGGUCAGGCUUAUAAAAUGAUUGGAGCGUCCUCUAGAUUCCGGGGGUUCAAGGUUCGAGUCCUGGACUGGUCGUUUUAUGUAACAUUAUAUAGGUAUUUGUGUAGACUUUAUUUACUUACUCUUGCAUAUGUUUGUAUGCAGAAUAGAGAACUGUUUUCUAACCCACAGAUUGUCUAAUUCUCUUUUUUUCGCGAACUGUUACCAGAGGACCAUAGAUUGUUGUAGGAUCAUGAUAUUUUUCAGAGACAUUUAUAAUCCACGUUGUCAGGAGUUCAAUCAAAAAGACUCAGUUAGUUAGAUAAAACGUGUUCGCAAGAAGUAGAGCAAUAUCACUAUGUCGUGCUAGCGUUAACUGACUUUAAUGUCUGUUUCAUUCUGUUGGGAGGACAAACGAUAUUCAUAGAACUACAGAUUAUUUCCAUAUAAAUAUACGUUUCCUAUUUGAGUAAUGAACAAUGUAAACUAAAACUCCAAAAGAUAAAUUCCUUAGUUUGCUAUAAAGAGUUUGUACGAAACUGUAUUGAGGAAAUUAACGUCAAACCAACUUAUUUUGAACAACUCCAAAGUUAAGAUUCCUGAUUCUCAUAUUCAGUGACUCCAGCGUCAUUAAUGACACGUUGUUUGCUAUAUGUCUGUUGUUCUUAAAUGGUGUCGUAUAUUGUCUUAAUCCUGACGUCAUAUUGUGUUAUAUCAAAUGACAGAGCGACAGGGAAUAAUCUUGUGAUAAAGUAUAAUUAAGGAUUAACUUGAUAAUUCUUCUUAUUUUGUGGCGUUUAACGGAGUUUACUUUAAGUAAACCGGAAAGCAGUUGCAGAUUAUGAGAGCACCCUCCGGAUAUUUUUUGUGUAAUGGCUCCAUAACUGAAAAUGUAUUUAAGUUAAAUCUUUUAAUUUCAACCUAAUGUCCAUAUGUUUAAUUUGUAAUUCAUGUGAAAAUCUACUUUUAUUGAUGGACUCUUUUCUCUUAGAAAUUAUCACGCUGUUGUAUCAGCCAAUCAAACGUGACUUACAAACCAAUGGAAAUGUUUGUUACAACAUAAUUGAAUUAUUCAAUAAUCCAUACGACUUGGCUAUGUCAAGUUAACUGAUGUUCUGAUGCGGCAGUCAUAUAAAUAUAUUUCAGUAUUCAUCAAUGAUGAGUAUACUAUUAUGAUAGUCUGUCUCUAUGACAACAAAUCUUAGUAUUGAUGUAGUAUGUGUAUUGACAGUGGUGUCUGGAUGUUGUUAUUAUGUUUUAGAAUUAAAAGUAUGUUAAAAGUG